CUUAACACUUGUACUGGAACCAGCCACUAGGGGUAAAGUGCUUUGGCUUCAACUGUGUUGUUAUUACGCAUCAAUAGUUAAACUAUUUUACUCAGACUGUAAAUCCUUCAGAGGCUCCGUAACUCAAGGGAUGAGCCAGCAUUGUGCUGAUGUGAUUGUCUCAUCUUGGGCCUGAAAGCAUUUUUUAUUUUCAGAGUUAAUGAGGUUUUGUUAGCGUUCUCCUAAUGAGCACGAAUAAAUCCGUCUGACUGGAGCGGAGCCCUUUUAGCUGAUGAGCUGUGACAUUAAACCAGCUGAUCGGAGGCAGAGAGAGGCAGAAACAGACAGGACGGAGAGAGUCGAGCUGACGUCUGCAGGAAGCCGAGCUCGGAGGGUAUCAGCUUCCUGCAGACCGAUCCUCACCGGGCCAGACCACAAACCAGACAGGCCUAAUGAUCAUAAUAAACUAGUAAUUACAGGUGCAACAUCUGAUUACACUUCACAUUGACUCUAACUCUGUCAGCUGACGAUCAGCUGAGAGGUUUGCUAAUGAAGAACGUGUGUGUGUCUCCAACAGGGCCGUGUACACGUACGAGGACGAUGACAGUAACGACCUGAAGCUGGCUUCAUCCGGAGGAGGCGGUCUGGCAGAGAUCACGCUGACCUUCGACAAUGGCCGGGUGAUGUACGGCUUCUGCAGCCUGAAGGAAGCCACCGCCGCUCUGCCGCGAUACAUCCUCAUCAACUGGGUCGGGGAGGACGUACCAGAUGCCAGGAAGUGUGCCUGUGCCAGUCAUGUCGCCACCGUGGCAGACUUCUUCCAGGGCGUGGAGGUCAUCAUCAACGCCAGCAGUCUGGAGGACAUCGACCCAAUGGCCAUCGGGCAGCGGCUGGUCAAUGGGACGGUGGCGGUGGCGAGCCCGGUUCUGAGUCGCCUGAAAACCAGAGACGAAGAAAACGCGGAUGUGGGCACUGUAUACCAGAAGACUAAUGCAGAGGUGGAGAUGAAGAAAAUCAAUAGAGAGGAGUUUUGGGAGCAGGCCAAGCGUGAAGAGGAGCUGAGGAAGGAGGAGGAGAAGAAGAAGGCUGCAGAAGAGCAGCAGCGCUAUGAGGAGGAGCGAAUGGAGCUGGAGAAGAAGGAGCAGGAGAACCGAGAGAGGAGGUACCGCGAGAGGGAGCGGCAGAUCGAGGAGCACAGGAAGAAGAUGCAGGAAGAGGAGGAAGCCAGAGAGAGGUUGCGGAACCAGAUCAUCAUAGCAUCUGAACCGAGCAUCGAGGACCUUCACCUGGACAAGAAGGAGUCAGAGGUGGAGGAAGCAAAGGCCAUCAUUGCUCAGCGGUCGGGAAAUCCUCGAGAGUUUUUUAAACAGAAGGAGAGAGCUAUGACCAUCAGCAUCGACACCUCGCCCGUCUCCAUCCACAGGACCGGCCGAUUGGACAGCCCAUUCUUGAGGCAGCAGCACAAUCCCAGCAGCCCCAGUACUACCACCCCGCCCAGGGGCGUGUCGCCCCUCCGCACGCCUCCACACGCACGGACGCAGCCCGCCGCUGCAGCCGGGGAUGACGACGACGAUGACUGUGAUGAAAUGAGCACAGAGUGUAUCAUGGCUGCCGUUUCGCCCAUUCCUAAAAUAGUCACAACACCGAUUAAAGAGGACUUCAGCAGGGAGGAGGAGAAUCAUCGAGAUUCGAGGCCUCAGCCGGAGCAGAAACAGCCCCUACAGGAGUCAGCACCCACCAAACCCGUGCAGAGUGUCGCCCCACAGACCCAUGACAUCUCCGGGUUUUCUCCGUGGGAGUCCGAGACAGACAACCUGGUCGAUCUGUGGGAUGGCAGCUCCAACCCUACCACCAACCUUGCUCAGACCUCUCAGUCCUCCAACCUGGUAGACCUGAUGGGAGACUCUGAUGUGCUUCAUGACGACAUCCAGCCUAUCGCCGCCGCUGGCAGACCUCAGCCCCUCCUCAGCUUCGACGAGAUGAUUGACGGGAGCUUCUGCUCGGGCACCGGCACCGAAGACGACCCAUCCAGUCUGGUGGACGUGACUGGCUCUGACCAGAUGACCCUCAGCUACCAGCAUGCACUGCAGCAUGCCUCUGGGGAGGGGCAGGAUCUGGAUGAUGGACAGCUGCUGAUGACCAAUGGGGAGACACUACUGAAAGAAGGAACACAGGCAAGUGAGGGAUAUUUCAGCCAAUCACAGGAGGAAGAAUUUGGCCAAUCAGAGGAGUCCUCAGCUAAGCCAGCACCAAUCUUUUAUAACAAGCCCCCAGAGAUUGACAUCACGUGCUGGGACACGGACCCCGUGGUCGACGAUGAUGAAGACUAACCGCCGUUCCCACGGCACACCAGGAGGAAGUAGGAAGUGUGCUUCAUGAAGAAACAGAUUUUCUUUUCUAAAAAACACAAACAAAACAAAAAAAGUAAUAUUAUUAACAAGUCUUGCAUCAAUACUACUUCUGUAUUAUCUUUUAGAGGAAACAGUAGCCACUGUUUGAGUUGGGAGCGGCUCGGAUCUGGUCUUCUGUGUUUAUUUAUUUGUUUUGUUUUCUAUGCAGGUGUAACAGCUGACAGAAAAGGGGUUUUAUUUGUGUACAUGGUUUAUUCGACGUGGCGCACCGCUGCAGAUUAGAGACAAUGAAGCUUGGUGUGGAGCUGGUGGCCCACACUUUUAGUUUUAGAGCUUUAAUAACACAAGUUUGAACAACACUACCAGCGGAUCUAAACAGCGGCCAUGUUUACCUUCUCCUUUCUUCCUCCUUCGGCCUUCAUACCUGAAAGUUAUCACCUCUGAAAGCCAGUUAAUCCCAUAUUCAGCCUCACUCUCAUGAAGAAUGGUGGAUGUUUUAUUUAUGAAAUUUAGCUGACAGUCCUUUGGACAAACCUGUGGCGCCUUUUUGACCUUUUUUCACUCCUUUUGUAUGAUUUAAAAAAACUGCAUUCAAGAUUUCAAAUGAUUUUUUUUACAUUUAUUCUAGUGCACUUUUCAUUCUUUGUUUGCCACCUUGUGGUUGAAUUUCAUCGGCUUUCUUUUAAUUCGCCACUUCUAUUUUAAACAAACAGAACUAAGAUGUUUUUGUCUCCAGUGUAUAGAUAUUUUUGCAGUUUUUUAGGAGAGUUUGGCUUUCAGAUACAGAGCAUGGAAACGCAAUAACUUUGUACAAUUCUUUAUUUGAUAAAAGUGCGUUUAUUUCUUGAGGCAGGACGCCUGGAAUCAUUUUUUUGUUUCGAUUUAUUUCUCCUGGUAGUUCCGCUUUAUUUUCCCACUCAGACAAAUCCAGGGUGGGAUCAUGUUGCCGGAUACAAACGUGUGUUUUAUUUUUUUAUUUUAAACUGCUGAGAACCAGAUGUUCAUGAUACAUUUUGCUUAAAUUGAAAAUAGGCUAUUUUUUUAUUUGAGUGGAAGCUUUUGUUUUCUAAAAGUAAAAAAGAUUCAAUCAAAUAUUUAUUAUUAAUUAAUAUGUUUAGGAUUAAACAUUUCAAGGCUCAAUCAGUAAAAAACGAACUAAUUUAAUUAGUGUUAGUUGGGACCAGAACUGACCUUUUAUGUACUUACUGGAUUUAGCUCUACAUCGAUAAGCUGAUGUUGUUUCCUGCUGUUUAAUGCCUUUACCAUGGACAGAACGUAGGGUAAGGGUUACCCUAACCCUAACCCCAGUUAGUCCACCUCCCCACUCCAGUCAUUGAGCUGUCAGUCAAACUGGUUUUCAUGGUGGCUCAGAAAGUCGAACAAAAUAGUAAAACGGAAACGCAAAACAAAAGACGAUGGGAGUUUAAAAAAAAAACUAAAAUCAAUUAGCAUCAAAUGGAAAUUCUGGUCAACUGGACCUGCUUAAAUGCAGGUGAUGCCAAUAUUACAUCAAAAACGUAAAUGUGAGACAGCAGCGAUUGCAUCAUCGAGGGACUCUACUGUGGUCUUGUGAGUCCAGUCACUUUUGUCUGGUUAACCACAAUUCGUGCGGGCUACCAUCUUGCUUUUACUCAGAUUGUACAUUUAGUUGUUGUGGCUUUCGUAUUUAUUGGGAUCUCUUGGGCCAACUCAGUGUUUGAAGGAAAAGUUCCACGAGGCAGUUUCAAGUUUUAGUUACAAAACCAUCAUCAUGACUCUUUUUAGUAAAAUCUGCUAUGAAGCAAACUUUGCACAAAGCCACAGGAGUUUGAGUUCAUAUUCAUCAUUGCUCAGACGGCUAAUUAACCAGCACGAGAUUUACCAGACUUUUUACAGUAAUGUAGAAACAAAAAAUACCAGGAAACUUUUUGCUUAAAUACAUUUUAUUAAAAUUUUUUUUUGUGUUUUUCCAGAUCUUCCUUCAUUUUGCACAUUAAUAUAAAAUCCCCAAAACAAAAAAGAAAAUGGCUUGUUUGAGGUUUUAGCCUAAAGUGCUGACUUCACACAAGCUUCCUUUACAAUGUUCAUUAUGUCCUCUUUUUAAAUAUUAAACGAGGUUCUUUUUGCUUCGGAAAUGAAGGUGUUUCGAGUUACCCUUUACAUGUUUCGACCGUCGUCUGCAGUCUUCUUCAGAAGUGUCACAGGUGUUUGUGUGACGCGUCUAUCAGCUGUUCUUCUGGUGGGCGCGACAAACCCGGAUCUGUCAGAUCUACCAGGUCGGUCACGCUACACAUAGUACAUGAACGCCUAAAAACGGACAGAUCACUGAAGAACCGGACAAAUAUCCACCCUGUUAGAUUUUGUAGCAAAAUCCACAUAUUUUCAGUACAAAAGUAAAAUAUACAGACAAAAAGAAGCUUUCGCCAUGGAAGACCCACUCUCAGCCAUAAUGAGUGGGUUCUUCAUGGAGGAUUUGGAAGAAAAGGUCUUUAACACAGCACCUGCACACAUCAGACCCCUGUUCUGGAGGAGAUACGUGGACGACAUCUUGGAAAUAAUAAAAACUGGGCUCACACAACAACUCACAGACCACCUGAACACGGUCGAUAACACGGGAAACAUAAAAUUCACACAUGAAAAGGAAACAAACAAAACAAUGGCAUUUCUGGACAUAAACAUUCACCACACAGACGACGGCAGCAUAAACAUCACAAUAUACAGAAAACCCACGCAUAGAGACCAAUAUCUGCUUUGGACAUCUGAACACCCCACGGCACACAAACUAUCAGUAGUCAGGCCAGUAUACGAACGUACCAGCUUCAUUACAGAUGAAACAGACCGCAAACAGGAAGAAGAGCACAUCAAACAAGCACUAACCCUCUGUCAGUAUCCAAAAUGGGCCAUAGAAAAAGGAAAACAACAAGACAAAGAAAAAGAAAAAAAACAGACCAAAAAAAGAAAACAAAUACAAAGACCAGACCACACGCACACGGACACCAUCACAAUUCCAUGUAUCCAGGGAGUCACAACGUAUACAAAGGGCCACAAAAAACAACAAAUCAACACAACCGUCAAACCUCACAUGGAACUCAGACAGCUACUAGUACUCCCCAAGGACAAAAUAGAAGCAGACAAGAAAUGCAAUGUUAUCUACGAAAUACCAUGCAUGUCGUGCAAUAAAACAUACAUAGGGGAAACCGGAAUAUAUGACACAAGAAGUAAAGAGCACCAGAAGGAAUGCGAGAACGAAACAACAGAAAGGCUCACAAGGACAACAAAGAAAAAAGCAGAGGAGCAAACCCUCAAGUCAGCCAUCUCAGAUCAAUCCAAACGAAAUAAUCACAUCAUGGACUGGGAUCAAGGGAAAAUUAUCAACACGGAGAACAACCGGUUCAAGCGUUGGGUCAGGGAGGCUAUAGAAACAAGGAAACGGGAACAUUGGAACAUGAACAAAGACGAGGGGUCCUAUCAGGUGUCUCGCACCUGGGAUUCCCUUCUCCAAAGCGGAGGUGGGCGUGGCCGACCCGGUAGAUCUGACAGAUGCGGGUUGGUCUCGCCCACCAGUAGAACAGCUGAUAGAGACGUGUCACACAAUCACACAAACACCUGUCACACUUCUGAAGAAGACCGCAGAUGACGGUCAUUCCAUUUCAUUUCAUAAAGCCCCUUCUGCGACCAAUGCAGACGCCCAAGGUGCUGAACACAACACAAUAAAAACAUAAAACCAUCAGAAUGAAAUAUAGCAAUCAUAAAACCAACAUAAAAAAUAAUUAAGAGAGGAGAGUAAAAACAAUAAAUAAAAUCCUGAAAAAGAUUAAGAGGCCGGGGCAACGAAACCAGGUAAAAAUUGCUAAUCCUGGAAUGCCUUGACAAAAAAAUGGGUCUGAAGGUGAGUCUUAAAAACCCCCAAUGAAGGUGACUGACGUACCACCAAAUGCAACUGGUUCCAAAGUGCAGGUGCCAACACCGAGAACGCACGGUCCCCCCGUGACCUGCACUUAGUGCGCGGAACCGUCAACAGCUCCCUGCCAGCUGAGCGAGGGGCCCUCGAGGGGGCAUGUCUAUGCAAAAGGUUGCCAAGAUAUGCUGGAGCAGUUCCUUGUAAGGCCUUGUAUGGCAGUACCAAGACCUUGAAUUUUGCCCUGUAUUGCACAGGCAGCCAAUGAAGGGAUGAUAUGCUCCCUGCGCCUAGCGCCUGUCACGAACCUAGCGGCUGAGUUUUGUACUAACUGCAAGCAUGCUACCUCACCCUGACUAAGGCCGGCAUACAAUGCAUUGCAGUAGUCGAGCCUUGAAAGAAUAAAAGCGUGUGACAGUCUCUAGAUGUACUCUGGACAGCAGGGGCUUAAUUCUGGCUAGUCAGCGUAAGGUAAAAAAAACACGAUCGCACAACCUGGUUGAUUUUCGCGUCGAAUUUAAGGGCUGAGUCCAGUUGUACUCCCAAAUUUCGGAUGGUGGUCUUCACAUUAGAUGCCAAAGGGCCCAGAUUCACAGCAUUGCAUGGGCGUGUAGACAUGCCAGGGCUAAGUACCAUUACUUCAGUCUUAGCGUCAUUCAGAUGUAAAAAGUUUGUAGCCAUCCAGGAGCACACAUCCUCUAAGGCAUCUACAAGCUUUGAUAUUGAUCCAUUGGACAAACAGUUGUCAAGAAUCUCACCCCCAGUAAAUCACACAGUCACUCCAUCUUUAGUUGCUAUCAGUAUGGCUCUUUUAUAUGUUUGCUCUCUGCUGAACAAAACUUUUAUUAUAAAUGACCUAAUUUUAGAUAAUCACCUUAAAUGUGUAUUUUUGACAGAAACAUGGUUGAGUUCAAAUGCUCCUGCUGUUCUCACAGAGGCCUCCCCACCAAACUUUAAUUUUACUUAUUCAAUAAGAAAUGGAAAAAAGGGAGGCGGGACUUAGCUUAGCUUUUAACUAAUUACUAUUUAUCUAGUCUGUUUAACUGUAUCGCUUGUCAUAUUUGUUUAUUUAUAUAUAAACAAUUUAUCUGUUUUACUUAAUUUUAUUAUUUUAUUUACAUCUUAGUGUUUUUACAUGAUUAUGUUUUCUUUUACUAUCUUUAUAAUCACGUUUUAUCAGUUACUUUCUAUCCAUAUUAGCUUUUGUUAUUUUACAGUUAUAUAUUUUAAUCCUCCAGUGUUUCCUCUGCGGAGCCCUCUGCCUUGGGGCUGGUGGUCGGCGGCGGCGGCCGGGGCGCUCCUCGGGUGGUGCCCGGGCAGUGGUGGGGGUCUCCGCCCUCCCUCCCUGGGCGUCAUGGGCCGGUGUCUUGGCUGCUGCCGUGGAUCUGUUGCUGCUGAGGCAGAUGGCUCCGCUGAUGAUGUGUCGUCCAUUACCUGACUAAUCUGAACUCAGCCUAUUGUUUACUCUGAUGUUCACGUGUGUGUGUGUGUGUGCGAGUGUGUGGGUGAGUGUACGUUCACCUUGGAAAUUGGUUGCGGGAGGGGAAGUGUAAUUGUCAAUUGUUUUAUACUUGGGGAGGGGGGCUGGGAUGGGAAUAUGGGAUCUAUGGGGACAUUUUAAUCUGUGAAGCACUUAGAGUUGCAUUUUUUUUGUAUGAAAAGUCCUUUAUAAAUAAAGUUGAUUUGAUUUGAUAGCCAUUGUAGGGCUGCACCGGUAAUUCCCGCCCAGUGCUGUAGCCGAUCCAAAAGUAUGUCAUGAUCGACCGUGUCAAAGGCCGCAGACAGAUCUAACAUCAAAAGAAUGACAGCAUCCCCCCCCCCCCUCACAAGCUAAAAAAAAACAUCAUUAAGAACCAUUAAAAGUGCAGUCUCAGUACUGUGACCUGCUCUGAACCCUGACUGACAGAUCUCCCAGAGUUCAUGAGUGUCUAAAAAUGCAGCCAACUGUAAAUAUACAACCCUCUCAAGCAUUUACGUAAGGUAGAUGUGAGAUAGGUCUGUAAUUGGCUAACACAGUUUCCUCCAUCCCCUUCUUUUUCAGCAGUGGCCGUACAACAGCCCUCUUGGGCUGCAUGGUGGCGCAGUGGUUAGCACUGUUGCCUCGCAACACGAAGGUCGCAGGUUCGAAACUCGGCUGCGGCCUUUCUGCGUGGAGUUGCGUGUUCUCCCCAUGCAUGCGUGGGUUUUCUCCGGUUUCCCCCACAGAUCACAACAUAGGUAAAAAAAAAAAAAAAUUGUAAGUCGCUUUGGGUAAAAGCGUCUGCUAAGCACAUAAACAUCUAAACAUAAACAUCUAAAAGUAAGGGGGACAACACAAUAGGCCAGACUGGUGUUUAGGAUAACCAGUAUAUAAGGGGCCAGAACAGAAAAAGCCUCCUUAAGCAUCCUUGGGGGAAGAACAUCAUAAGGGGAACCAGAAGGUUUUUGCUUAGAAAUAAGUUCCUCUAGCUCUGUCAUAGAUAUAGUCUGGAAGGCUGGCAGGUUUGCCCCAAGUGGCAUAGGUGCCACGAAAACAGGAGUGCGGCCUACAAUAGCAGCCCGAAUCAUCGCUAUCUUGUCCACAAAGUAGUGAAGGAAAUCUUCACAUGUCCCGGCCAUCGCAGCCGUGGACCUGGAGGCAGAAGUUGCAGUUUCCCGUACUGAAUCAAUCACCUUAAAGAGAGUGCGUGGGUCAUGAGAAUUUGAUUCCACAAUGUUGGCAUAGUAUCUGAUCCUAGCCUGUCGUACCACUUCCUGGUAAUCAAAAAGUGACUUUUUAUAAAUAUCAUAGGACACAUGAAGUUUGUCUUGCUUCCACUUCCGCUCAGCUCUCCUGCAGGCCUGCCUGGAGGCCUGGGUCUCAUCAGACAUCCACGGCUCUGCCCUAUGCCCUCCUUUCCUACUCUUAAACAUGUAAAAGGUAAUUAGAAACGCCUUCAUGUCUGAAGCAAAAAGAACCUUGUUUAAUAUUCACACAAGCUUUUUUAGAACCGUAUUAUGGAUAUUGUUGCUUUGAUAAUGGUACUCUUGCUGUACUCGCCCACAUCAAGUCUAGUGCAAAUUAACAGCAAUGUUUAUCCUCGCUGGUGUUUAAUAUGGAAAUAACCGAAGUCCAGAACUAAAGAAAAAUAACAGGUAUAAAAAUAAAUGGAUUUCUAAAUUAGAUUCUGUCUAAAGACCAGACUGACUUGAAUGUUAACCAUACAGGUCUUCUGUCACUCACUUGUGUCUGUGGACUAAAAUAAACUCAUAUCUGAGCAGCUAAAGAUCCAAAACUGAAGUUGAAAAAGUUUUUUUGAUCUCUUCAUGAUUGUUUUAAAAAGGUUUCCUGACAUCUGGAUCUCCAAGCAGCUUAAAACCCCCAAAAAGCUGAAAUAAAUGAGUAAAUUCUCACGUCUGCUGCUGUUAUUUGUGCCAAUGCAAAGGUACCCACAUUAUUUGUUGUUGUUCUUGUUUUUUUUAAGGACUGAGUGGUUCUGUUGCUGUGGAAACCAGGUUAAGAGGAGGCGGGAGUCGAGCGUGUUUUUAAUACCUGUCGAUAAAUGUUCUAGACUCGAUUUUCAGCACCUUUUCUUGGAGGCUAUCAGCAACGGUGCUGGACUGUUUGCUGUACAUCCCUGUAGACAAUAAAAAGGCAAUAAGA